UAAUUAUUAGCUUGAAUUUUACUUGGUUGGAAUUUAAUUAUUACAUCUGUUCUGAAACAAUAUGAAACAAAAGGAUGCAUUGAGUAUGAAAAUUGGUUAAUGACACAGAUGGGUUGAGUGGAGAAAAAGCAAUAAUGCCUUCCGACAACAACGGUAGUGGACUGAGUAGUACUAGAUGGAGAAAAACUUAUGGAUUUUUUUAUAAGAUGCAGUAACCACAGUUUUUACCAUUAGGAUGAAUCUAUAGCCUAAAGGAAAUGAGAGCUUCAGUUCCUUGUUUACUUGGCCAUGAAUAAAAUUUUUUCAUUCAUGACAAUUCCCUUUCCUUGCAGAGAAAAAUGUUGAGUGUCUCACAGGUGCCUCCUCCAGGUAAACAAGACACCAAUGUGCCUUGUCAGUCCAAAUGCUUGCCUCUCACUCUACCAGCUAUCCUUGGACGAGGCCCACUGCUAAAGUGUGCUGAUGUGAAGGUAUCUCGCCGCCAUGCUGCUCUUGACUGGGCUGAUGAUGAUGAUGGUGUUGUAAUAACAGCUUUAUUCAGCCAACCCACGUUUGUGGAGGUUUCAGGCCAGCGCUCUCAGAUCAAGACUGGGGAAAAAGCAACCCUCAGAAAUGGUGAUAAGUUUGGUUUGCUGGCUCAUGCGGCUUGGUAUCAGAUAAACCUGCCUCCAACUGAAGCACCAGAAACCAGUAAAGACCUCAUAAAUUCUACAACAAAAGAUGAAAUUCCAAUCAUAAACGCCAAGGCUGAAUCUGCUGAGACGAGCAUUUGUGAACUAAGGGCUGAAACACAUCCUGCUGCUCAAUCUGAUUUCCUACCUGAGAAUGACCAAAUAGCCUCAACAGACUCGACAGCAAUUGGAUCCAAGGUAUUCACUCCCAAUGAAGCCUCACAUUGCAGCCCCUGUCAAGAAGUAAAUGGAACAAGUCUCAAAGACGGUGAUUUUCCUGCUAGCUCUGAAAACAUUAUAGUGGCCGUCUCAAAGACGUCAUCGGUCAUUUCUCCUUCCCAAAUUAAUGCGUCAAAUGCUGCCGAUGCCCCAGAAAUGUUAUCAGAUGAAUCUACUACACCCCAACCAGCAAACACAACCAAUGAUGCCACCAACGCUGUUACUUCAAGAGUCAGAACUCUACCAGCCUGGAUGAUGCAGGAACCGGCAACUAAAGAAGAAGUUUCUCCCGGUAAAAAACCAGGGUCCAGACCUGGACAAAGGAAGAACACCAGCCGCAAACCUCGGCCUAGAGUUGUGCCUACGAAGAGAAAAGCCGAAAUCUCUAGUUCUGAUGAUGAAAAUAAUGAAGAUGUGAAUGAUAGCUCUCCCAGUAAAAGGCGAGUUGUGAGAGUUUCUCCCACAGUACGGAUCAAAAAUACUCUCAAUGCCGACAGCAAGCGUGCACUUCAUAAAAUGAGUGAGUCAGAUGAUGAUGUUCCUUCUCCUGCGCUUGCAAAGAGAAAAGGUGAAAUCUCAAGUUCUGAUAAUGAAGAUGUUUAUGAAAGCUCGCCCAGCAAAGGAAAAGCGAAGAAAGUUCCUCCCGGCGUACGGAUCAAAAAUACUGACAGUGCCAGCAGGAAAAGUGCACUUCAUGAAAUGAGCGAGUCGGACGAUGAUGUUCCUUCUCCCCAAGCUGCUCAUAGCACAUCUUCGCCUGAUGUCAAUUGCAAGGCCAACAGUGCUGUCAAAUUACCUGACGUUUCAAACGACGUAAAGCAGUUGAAGAAACCUGAUAUUGUUGGUCAAUUCAGCAAUGGACCAAAAGCGAGCUCUGCGCUACCAGAAACUGAGGAAAAAGAGUCUGGAGUUGGGACCAUCAAUCCUGCAAAUGGAAGUGGCCCGCCGUCACCUGGAGUCAGCCACGCAAACCAGAGCACGGAUGUUGCUGAAGGACGGGGGUCAACGAUCCAGAAUCGCAGCAAAAGGAAAAGUUGCCGUUACGGUGGCUCGUGUUACAGGCGCAACCCUCAGCAUAAGAAAGAUGAAGCUCACCCUGGAGAUCUCGACUAUUUGAGUGCGCAUUCUGACGAUGAUGGUAGUGACGGUGACAGGCCUGAGUGUGAGUUCGGGGUAGACUGCUACAGGAAGAACCCUGAGCACCGCCGUCAGUAUAAACACACACGCGUGCCGCAACCUCAACGUCGCGCCAAAAGAAAACGCGCAGCUCCACCUGGCUCGCAGCGCAGCGACUCUGACACGCCAGACGAAUUUGACAUGGAGUUUCUGAACGACGCGUCGUCUGACGACUACGCGCCCUCAGAUUCUGAUGAGAGUGACUCGGAACGUUUCUUCUCACAGCCUAUAGAUGAGGAUGAGAAGAAUGAACUCAAGCGCAUGGGCAAAGAAGCUAAGAAGUUUGUCAGGCAGAGAAAAUAACUAUUCGUAUCUGGAGGAAAAUGUUUGCAAUAACUGUUAAUGAAGUUAAUUGGAGUUCGGUGGAAGCUUUAACAUAGAUUUUCGAUCAAUGUUCUUUAGCACGUGCACAAGUCAUUAACCAAGUUCUGUAGAAGCAGUAAUACAUGCAUAGGAAUAAAACUUAAUAAGAGUUUUGGUAGUAGAAGCACGAAAUUAUGACAUGCAUGAAAGUAUCUGUGCAUGUUACUUGUUUCAACGCGCAGCUGCUCAUUGCCUCGUAUCAAUUUUGUGCAGCUAUUCUUGCCAGUCCUAUUUGCAAUUUCAUUUUAACAUCAACAGUGCCUAAUCAACUGUCUGAACAUCAAGCUACUUCCAGUUUUAAAAUUUGCUUUGUAAAUUUUCUGGUAUAUAUUCAACUUACUUUUUCUCUCUAUCACCAGAAAUAUCUUAUCUUGACACUAACAAAUGUCGUUGGCACAAGCAGCGUGAAUGCACUUAAUUGCGUGCCUUCACAACUUCGAGAGUUCACAGCGUGUAUUUGGUAAUUCUACAACUUUGAUCUUAUGUGCUAGCAUUUUCUUCGUUCCUCCAAAUGAUAUAAAGUGUCAAGAUUUUGAAUAAAGCGUCAGUAGCGACUUAUUAUUUCAUUUGUUUGCCACUCGAGCAAACUGGUUGGUAGGACUAACUGAUCUGUGAUAUCCUAUUUCAGUUGAGUUUUUUUUGUGUAAUAGAGUUAGGUAUGUUUUAAGAUGGUAUUUUAAGUUAAAAUUGUAGUAACUCCAAAUGAGUCGUUAGAAAGUGUUUCGUAAUCAUAGUGGCGCCAGCAUUAGGUAGGCAAAAUCUGGUCUGUCACCAAUUCUAGACAGCGCCGAGUUUUUGAAGCUUGCCUUGCUUUCGAACCUGCAGUUCAUUUCCGCAAUCCCACGCUCCUUUGUAGUGUAAAAAAAACCUCUUAACGAUUAUUUCAUCAAUUUCGGAGACACCAUGAGUUCCCAAGCCUGUACUAUUAAACGCUACUCUUAGAGUAGUCGUGCACCUUUCAGGUCGAAAUAAAGUGCCUUCACGUUUAUGAUAAUGAUAAGAUGUCGUAUGAAUUUAUUUUAUGUAGAUAAAAUUCACAAUAUGAA